AUGGGAAAGCCAACUGGUAAAAAGAAGAAUCCGGGAACAGCAACGCCGCCGGCAACACCGAGAACAACCGUUGACAUGAGGUCAACCAAAUCCUCAAAGGCCUUUGAUGAAGACACAGCAAUUUUCAUCAACAUGUCACAAGAGCUCAAAGAAGAAGGCAACAGGCUCUUUCAAAGGAGAGACCAUGAAGGUGCCAUGCUAAAGUAUGAAAAAGCCGUCAAGUUACUACCAAGAAACCAUAUUGACGUGGCUUAUCUACGCACCAACAUGGCAACUUGCUAUAUGCAAAUGGGUCUUGGUGAGUAUCCUCGAGCAAUCAAUGAAUGCAAUUUAGCUUUAGAGGUUGUGCCAAAAUAUAGUAAAGCUCUGUUGAAAAGAGCUAGGUGUUAUGAGGCUUUGAAUAGAUUGGAUUUGGCUUUUAGGGAUGUCAAUAAUGUAUUGAGUAUGGAACCUAAUAAUAUGAUGGGGUUGGAGGUUUUGGAGAGCGUUAAGAAGGCAAUGAGUGAAAAGGGUAUUAGUAUUGAUGAGAAAUUAAUUGGGUUGGAGAAUGUUGAGGAAGCUGGGGUGGCACGUUUGCGUGAAGUGGUGAAAGAAAAGGUGAAGAAGAAGAAGAAGACUAGUGGUAAAGGAGAGGAGAAGAUUGUGGAAGAGAAGAAGGUGGAGAAUAAGGAUAGUGGUAAAGUGGAAGAGAAGAAGGUGGAGAAUAAGGAUAAGAUGGUUGUGCAGGAGAAGAAGGUGAGUCCUGUUGUUAAGGAUAAAGAGGUAGUUAUGAAGACUAUUGACGAAGAAAAGGUGGUUAAGGAGGAGAAAGUGAUAGCCAAGACAGUGAAGCUGGUGUUUGGGGAGGAUAUUAGAUGGGCACAAUUACCUGUGAAUUGUAGCAUUGGAUUGCUGAGAGACAUAGUUCGGGAUAGAUUUCCUGGCUUCAAGGGUGUCCUUAUGAAGUACAGAGACCCAGAGGGUGAUUUGAUUACAAUUACUUCUAAUGAUGAAUUAAGGUUAGCUGAAUCAUCAACUGGUUCGCAAGGGUCUCUUAGGUUCUAUGUUGUUGAAGUUAGUCUUGAUCAAGAACCAGCUUAUGAGGGGAUGAAGAUUGAAGAGGAGGUGCAUGAGGAUGUUAAGAAAACAAAUGAUGUUGUAGAGAAUGGAAAUAUGGGGAAACAUGUAGGAGUUGAAAAAGGGUCAACUGGUAUUGAUGAUUGGAUUGUUCAAUUUGCACGAUUGUUCAAAAACCAUGUUGGGUUUGAUUCUGAUUCAUACUUGGAUCUUCAUGAACUAGGGAUGAAGUUAUACUCAGAGGCGAUGGAGGAUACUGUUACUAGCGAAGAAGCCCAGGAACUUUUUGAUAUUGCUGCAGAUAAGUUCCAAGAGAUGGCAGCUUUGGCUUUGUUCAAUUGGGGAAAUGUUCACCUCUCAAGGGCGAGGAAAUGGAUCUUCUUUUCAGAAGAUGGUUCAAGGGAGUCCGUACUUGCACAGGUUAAAAUUGCAUACGAGUGGGCCAAGAAAGAAUAUAUGAAGGCAGGAAGGAGAUACCAAGAAGCUUUGAGGAUCAAACCUGAUUUCUAUGAAGCUCUUCUUGCUCUUGGGCAGCAGCAGUUUGAGCAAGCAAAGCUUUGCUGGUACCAGGCGAUCGGGAGCAAGAUUGAUUUGGAAAGUGGUCCUUCUGAGGAGGUCCUAGAUCUUUAUAACAAGGCCGAGGACAGCAUGGAGAGGGGUAUGCAAAUGUGGGAAGAGAUGGAAGAGCAGCGUCUAAAUGGACUAUCCAAAUUUGACAAAUAUAAAGACCAGUUGCAGAAAAUGGGUUUGGAUGGGCUAUUGAGAGAUCCAACUCCUGAAGAAGCUGCAGAGCAAGCAGCAAACAUGAGUUCACAGAUAUACCUCUUAUGGGGUACCAUGCUGUAUGAGCGUUCUGUUGUGGAAUAUAAGCUAGAGCUACCAACUUGGGAAGAAUGUUUAGAGGUUUCAGUAGAGAAGUUUGAACUUGCUGGAGCUUCUCCAACAGAUAUAGCUGUUAUGAUAAAGAACCAUUGUUCAAAUUCAACCGCACUUGAAGGUUUGGGGUUCAAAAUUGACGAGAUCGUACAGGCAUGGAACGAAAUGUAUGAUGCAAAGCGGUGGGAGAUUGGUGUUCCAUCUUUCAGGCUAGAGCCAUUGUUUCGUCGGAGGGUUCCAAAACUUCAUGAUAUGUUGGAGCAAGUUUGA